AUGGGAUCAACAGGUCAAAACCCUCCACAGAGAAACCAAACUGCCCUGGUGGAAUUCAUCUUACUUGGCUUCUCUGAUGUUCCCAGUCUGCAAGGAUUCCUUUUUGGGCUGUUUCUGGUCAUGUAUGUGAUGGCUCUGGUAGGAAAUAGCCUCAUUCUCAUCAUAACCAAGACAGACCCUUCACUGCAGAUGCCCAUGUAUCUUUUCCUGGGAAAUUUUUCAUUUUUGGAAAUAUGUUAUGUGUCGGUCACUAUCCCCAGACUAUUAGAAGAUCUCCACAGACAAAAUAGAAGUAUUUCCUUUCUGGCCUGUGCUACGCAGAUGUAUGUCUUUCUAGUCCUAGGGGUCACCGAGUGCUUCAUUCUGACAGCUAUGGCUUACGACAGGUAUGUCGCCAUUUGCAACCCGUUACUCUACCCUGUCAUCAUGAACAACAAGCUGAGCAGCCAACUGGCAGGUGGCUGCUGGAUAAGUGGAGUUCCAGUUCACAUCGGGUUCACCUACUCGAUCUUCUCCCUCCCUUUCUGUGGCCAUAACCAGCUGAACCACUUUUUCUGUGAUGUACCUCCAGUCCUCACCCUUGUCUGUGGAGACACUUUUUUGAUUGAGAUGCUGAUUUAUGUCAUUGCUCUUUUGGUUGUCACUGUUCCUUUCAUGUUGAUAGUUGGAUCUUAUGUGAAAAUCAUCUCAACCAUCAUGAAGCUGCCAUCCACCACUGGGCGGGCGAAAGCCUUCUCUACCUGUUCUUCCCACCUCAUGGUUGUGGCUUUGUUCUUUGGAUCAGGCAUCAUCACAUAUUUGAGGCCGAAAUCCAGUCAUUCACCAAAAACAGACAAAUUCCUUUCUCUUUUCUAUACCAUCGUGACUCCUAUGUUUAAUCCCAUGAUAUACUGUUUGAGAAACAAAGAUGUUAUGGUGGCAUUGAAAAAAUUCCUUCUGAAAUGGAUUGUCUUAUGA